AUGGCGUUGGCAUUUGUACCGCCUGAUAACGUUAUUGCAGCUUAUGAAGAAAUCGUAUCAUCUGAUUAUUAUAAUCAGAACAGUGAUGUUUUUGAACAAUUACUAGAUUAUUUUGAGAUGACCUGGAUUGGGAAGUUAAAAAACAAUAAAAAACAACGUGGGAAGCCUCUGUUCGCUAUUAAGAUGAGGAAUUGUCAUAAUGCUGCUUCUAAAGAAUUCAUUCGGUCUAAUAACCCUACAGAGGGCUGGAAUUUAGGUAUCAAUGAUAGGGUAGGUGUUUCUCAUCCUACAAUGCAAAAAUUUAUGUCGUUCCUUAAAGAUGAACAAACAAAAACUGACAUUUUAAUCACUCAAAUACAAUCUGGUCUCGAUGUUACUGGUAGUCGUAGAAAAUCUUAUCAAAAUUAUACAGAUCGUUUGAAAAUCGUAGUAAAUAAUUAUAAUUCCGCUUAUAAAUUUGAUUACUUGAACAAUAUCGCUAAAAUUUUGUCGUUGAAGAAUUUGAUGUAA